AGCAUAGGCUCGAAAAGAUUUAGAAUGGGCCAUCGGAAUAAAUCGCUUUACUUUGGAAAUGAUCGGCUUAUGGCCUGAUGAGAAAUUAAGCAGUCGACAGAAAUUCUUUGCGAGCCUACGAGUUUUCAUCAUUUUUAAUACGAUAGUUAUUGUGUCGAUCAUACCCGCAAUAUUUUCACUGAUAAGAAUCUGGAACGAUAUGAUAGCAAUAAUAGAUAACUUGCAAAUCACGUUACCUAUGACAGCCACUUCCAUCAAAAUCAUCAUUAUGUGGCUUCGAAAAGAAGAUCUUAUGUCAGUCGUGAAUAUGGUUGUGGCGGACUGGAUGAAAACGAAAACACUGGAGGAACGUGAUACUAUGAUAAAGCAAGCGAGAGUUGCGAGGACAAUCGUCGUGUUUGGAUGCGUCAUGAUGGUCCUAGCAAUAAUCAUUAUUAUCAUCCCACCGUGCUUCGGAUACUCCAUGAGAUAUCUGACAAAUAUCACCGAUGCACCGGGGAAACCAUUACUCUUGCAAACGUAUUAUCUUCGAGACACGACGGAGAGUCCAUAUUUCGAAAUCGCAUUCGUCGCGCAGACCGCAGCCGUUAUAAUGGCCGCAUUUUCUUACACGGGCAUUGACAAUUUUCUAGGCUUAAUCGUCUUUCAUAUAUGCGCCCAGAUGGAAAUUCUUAAGAAGCGAUUGCUCAAUCUGCAAGAAUCUAAAAACUUCUACGUCGGACUCUCGAUGAACGUCCAGGAUCACAUUCGUCUCAUCAGGUCCAUCGACAUCAUCGAUAAUACAUUCAAUUUGAUGCUUCUGGCAUUGUUGAUAUAUUUUGCAAUAUUAUUUUGCCUUCAGGGCUUUCUGAUAAUAAGUAUCAUUGAUGAUGGUGGCAAUGUUUCCUUCCCACGAAUAUGUUGGCUCGUCUCGGUACUCGUUAAUACAUUCGUUCAUAUGUGUCUUUAUUGCGUAGUCGGCGAAAUUCUCAUCGCAAAAUGCGAAGGCAUAUAUCAUGCGGUAUACAAUUAUGAGUGGUAUUCGUUAAAAUCGAGCGAAGCCAGAAACCUGAUGUUAAUAAUGAUUCGCGCCGACAAAUCUCUUUAUAUAACCGCAGGGAAAAUAUUUCCAAUGACGCUAUCUAUGUUUUGUAGCUUGAUCAAGACAUCAGCUGGUUAUAUAUCGGUAUUACUCGCCAAUCGAUGAUAUUUAAAUAUUGAUCAGAGGAAUUAUCAAUGGAACUGGAUUUUUUACGAUAAAAGAAAAAAGUAUCCUAGUAAGCAAUGCUCAAUGCCCCAAACGGAUUUUGUGUUUCCAUACGAAUAAAGUAAAAUCAUUAAUUUGAAUAAAAAAAGCUGUCAUAUGUAUAA